UCAUUUUCCCCAUCAGUAGAACAAAAAGAAGGCAAAGUAAUUUCCCUUCCCGCCUCGUACGUUCCUUGAUCACCGUCCCGAUCGUAGACCACGACCCGAUUCGGACCCUCUUCGGAUCCCCACCUCUUGGCUAUUCGGAGCUCCAGGGUGUAGGGUUUAUGAACAGGAGAAAGGAUGGUUGCUUUGGUUGUGUUGCGUACUGAAACUGUUGAAUUGAAGUGAAAGUUUUGAUCUUUGAGCUGGGUUUUAGGGUCUUGAGCUUUAACUCAGGUGGUAGAGGACUGAACUGAUGAUGUUGACUCCUUCAAUCAAGACUCUGUCGAGGGAGUUGGAUAUGCUGCGGAUUGAAGAAGACCCGCCUCCGGGUGUGGGGAUGAGUAUGGUGCUACCUGACUUGGACAGAUUGCGGCUUGUACAAGACCCACCUGCUGGCGCGGAGAUUAGUAUGGUGCUCCCAGGUUUGGACAGAUUGCGGCUUGUAGAACACUCAACCACAGGCGGAGAGGAUGUUUUUGCAAGGCUAAAGAAAAAAGUGUCGGAUUACCCACCCCCGGGCGCAGAUUAUACUCGUGCAAGGUAUAGGCUGUUUAAAGAGUUGAAGAGGCUGCUACAAGACCCACCUGCAGGGAUCAGUGUGGUUCCCCCGGACUUCUACAAUUGCGAUAUAAUGUUGUGGAAUGUUGUUAUAGUUCCUCAUUCCUUGGAUUCUCCUUGGGAGGGAGGCGCAUUUAAGUUGACUCUUCAGUUUAGUGAGGAUUAUCCACUCAAACCACCAAUGGUGCGAUUUGUUUCUCAAAUGUUUCAUCCAAACAUUUCUGCAGAUGGAAUUAUGUCUUUUAAUAAUUUACUGGAUCGGUGGACUUCUAUAAAUGAUGUGGAAGAUAUACUCAAGUAUAUCCAGUCCCUAAUAUGUCAUCCCAACCCGAAGUGUCCUGCAAAUUCUGAAGCUUUCUACAUGUACUUCAGCGAGAACAGACUGGGGUACAACCGAAGAGUGAGGAUGAUCGUGGAUCAGAGUUGGAUGGCAGACUAGUAACUUCUUUAUGUUAAAAUCAGUAGCACUGUUAGUAUGAGAAUCAUUGUGCAAAUUCAUCAACAAUUUAUCCUCCAUGUAUAUCCAUGUUUUCCUCCCAGAUUAUGACUCUUAGAGUUUGUUUCUUAUUUCAAAGUAGACAUAGUAUUCGGUCUGGUAGAGUUUUGGUUCCACCACUGCUUUGCUUUCAUCUGUAUAUACAAGGGGAUUAAGACCUGAAUUGUACCUAUUAGUCCGGCAGCUUUGAAUCUGACUACAAUGUUGAAAUGACAAUCUGGUUACAAAGACUAAUCCUUUUUCUUUGUUAUCUGAUCUAGCCAAGAAAUGCUCAUUGUUAUAAGCCCAGAAAGGCCAAGUACCUUUCACUUU